AUGCGCGCCGCCGCCUUGGCGCAGUGGCUGAGCAGGUGCAGCAGCACGGCGUCCAGCAGCGGAUCGGGGGCGGCUGCAAGGGGGGGCGGGGGUGGAGCCAAGUAUGCCGACCUGGUGCUGCUGCUGAUUGACGGCGGGUUUGGGUUUGAGAUGGAAACCUUCGAGUACCUCAACCUGCUGCAGGCGAGCAGGCAGGGGGGCGUGCACGGCUUCCCCAAAGUGAUGGGCGUACUGACUCACCUGGAUGGCUUCCGCGACACCAAGGCGCUGAAGAAGACGAAGAAGGCGCUGAAGCACCGCUUCUGGACGGAGAUCUACCAGGGUGCCAAGCUCUUCUACCUCAGCGGGCUGCGCAACGGCAAGUACCUGAGGAGAGAGGUGCACAACUUGGCCCGCUUCAUCAGCGUGAUGAAGUUCAGGCCGCUGAGCUGGCGCCAGGCGCACCCGUACCUGGUCCAGUUCACGUCUGCGGGCGUGGGUGGCGCGGAGGAGGGCGGCGAGGGCGAGGCGAUGGUGCGGGGCCUGCAGGCCACGCGGCUGGCUCUGUUUGCCGGCGGGCGGGCGCUCAAGGCGGCUGAGGUGGAGUCUGAGCAGGACGAGGAGGAGGGGGAGAGCGAUAGGGAGGAGGAGAGCGAGGAGGAGGAGGAGGAGGGCGGCAGCGGCUCUGAGCUGGGGUCUGACUCUGAGGGGGAGCAGGAGGAGGGAGAGGGGCAGGCGGGGCGGCGCUCUGGCGGCGCCACCCGGCAGCAGGUGGUGGUGGCGGCGGACGGCCGCGUGCGGCGGCGGGCUGUGUUUGGCGCCGAUGCUCUGCCGGCUGGCGAGGAUGGCAGCAGCAGCGAGGAUGAGGAUGAGGAGGAUGAGGAGGGCGAGGACUAUAGCAGCAGCGAGGAGGAGGAGGGGGGUGGCGCCGCGGGCAGGCAACGGCGGCAGCUGGGCGCGGCGGCGGCAGGCUCGCACUCGGAUUCAGAUUCAGAGCAGGAGGAUGGGGAGGGCGGGGCCGAGGAUUCUGGGGAUGAUUCGGAGGGCAUGGGCGCCGCAGCCGCCUGGAAAGCAGACAUGUUGCAGCGGGCGGCGGCGCUGUUCAGCACGCGAGGCGCCGACCUCCACUCUUACAUCUACGGCACCAGGGCCACGGCAGACGGCGGGCAGGGUGGCGCGCUGGCCACCGGCGGCGGCGGCGGCCCAGAUGACGACGACGAGCUGUUCAGGCCCAAGCGCCCGCAGGCUGCAGGCCAGGAGCAGGCGGCUGCAGGCGGCGGCGGCGACGCGCUGGACGCGCUGGACAGCAGCAGGGUGGCGGUACCGCCCGAGGUACUGGCGGCGUGGCGGGACGAGGGCGCCGCCGAGCGCCUGCGCAACCGCUUCGCCACGGGGGACUGGGGCGAGGGCGAGGUGCGGGCGGCUGCUAGGCCUGCAGAGGACGGGGAGGAGGAGGGGGAGGAGGGCGGCGAGGUGUAUGGCGAUUUUGAGGACCUGGAGACGGGCGAGCGGUUUGCCGGCAGCUCCGACCCCGCCACCCGCGCCGCGGCUGCCGCCAUCAGGGCCGCCGGGGAGGAGGAUCUGGCGGAGGCGCGGCGCGCCAAGAAGGCGGCCUUUGACGCCGAGUACGACCAGGGUGGCGCCAAGGCGGUGCAGGAUGACGCUCCGGGGGCCAAGCCCAAGCACAAGGCGGAGGCGGAGCUGGAUGCGUCGCUGAGGGUGAUGAAGAAGCUGAAGCUGGUGGGCACGCCCUUCAAGAUCCACCGCCACACCGCCUUCAUCAACGGCAUGUUCAACAGCCUGCUGGAGGCCAGCAAGUUUGAGGGGGCCUCGGUGCGCACGGUGUCGGGCAUUCGCGGCACGGUGAAGAAGGCGAUCAAGGCGGGGCGCGAGGGCGCGCGCGACGGCGCCUUCCGCGCCAGCUUUGAGGACAAGCCGCUCCUGUCGGACACAGUCUUCCUCAGGGCCUGGGUGGCCGUAGACCUGCCACGCCUCUACAACCCUGUCACCAACAGGCUGGCGCCGGCGCCCGCGCCCGCGCCGCGCGAGCCCAAGCACCGCAGGAAGCAGCGCGCGGCGGAGGUGGCGGAGGCGGCGGCGGCGGGCGGCGAGCAGGCGGGCGGCGGUGACGACGCAGCGGCGGCGGAGGCAGGCGUCGGGCCGGGCAGCGCAGCGGGCCAGGCCGCGGCCGCCGCCGCGGCGGCUGAGGGCCGGUUUGUGCCUGCUGGCAGGUGGCAGGGGCGGCGGGCUGGCUUCGCCUUCAAGCUGGGCCCUCUGGGCCUGGGCUACUAUCCAGACCACGGCCUGAGCGGCGCCGCCGCGGCAGGCGCGGCGGCGGCGGCGCCAGCAGGCGGCAGCGCCGACGCCGAAGCGGCGGCGGCGGCGGCAGCCAACGGCAGCGCAGGCCCCGGCGGCGACGGCGGCGGCGGCGGCUGGGUGCCAAUGAAGAAUGUGGCGGACCUGCGGCGCGCGCUGGGCAUCGGCGCGCCGCGCAACUCAGACUCGCUGUACCGCCCCAUCGAGCGCGCCCCCCGCAAGUUCAACCCGCUCAAUAUACCCAAGUCGCUGCAGGCUGCGCUGCCCUUCAAGACCAAGCCCAAGGUGGAGGGCAAGCGCAAGCGCAAGACGUUGGAGCAGAAGCGGGCGGUGGUGCUGGAGCCGGAGGAGCGCAAGAAGGUGUCCCUGAUCAGCCAGCUGAACGCGAUCCGCAACCAGAAGGCGGCGGCGCGGCGGGAGCAGCGGGCGCGGCAGAAGGCGAGCCAGGCCAAGAAGGCAGAGGCGGUGGAGGCGUGGCGCGCGCAGUACAACAAGGAGGAGCGCAAGAAGCGGUAUGUGGAGCUGGGCAAGGCGGAGCAGCGGGCGGCCAAGAAGCAGCGGCGCGACGACUGA